AUGGUAAUAGAAAACGCACCCGAACACUGCCCUGGCCCAGAAACAGAAGAGGCAGGAAAGGCAGCCGUGUGCGCAGGCUGUCCGAAUCAAUCUAUCUGCGCUACUGCACCAAAGGGCCCUGAUCCAGCCAUCCCGUUGAUAAACGAGCGAAUGUCAAAUGUGAAGCACAAGAUUUUAAUUUUAUCGGGAAAAGGUGGAGUGGGCAAAUCAACUUUUACUUCUCAAUUAGCAUUCGCUUUUGCUGAGGAUGAAAACACCCAGGUUGGUGUAAUGGAUAUAGACGUUUGUGGGCCAUCGAUACCGAAAAUAAUGGGCCUUGAGGGUGAACAGAUUCAUCAGUCGCUAUCUGGAUGGUCUCCGGUGUAUGUUUCGGAUAAUCUGGGUGUCAUGUCAAUUGGGUUUAUGUUGCCUGAUUCCGACGAUGCUGUUAUUUGGCGUGGGCCCAAGAAAAAUGGGUUAAUAAAACAGUUUGUCAAAGAUGUUGAUUGGGGGGACCUUGAUCACCUCUUGAUUGACACACCACCAGGUACUUCCGAUGAACACCUCUCCAUUAUACAAUAUCUGAAAGAAACAGGCAUUACUGGUGCUGUAAUUGUCACAACGCCUCAAGAAGUCGCAUUGCAAGAUGUGAGGAAGGAGAUCGAUUUUUGUCGUAAAGUAAAAGUACCGAUAAUUGGGGUGGUUGAAAACAUGGCUGGAUUCGUGUGUCCAAAGUGUGGGGGUGAAUCAGUGAUAUUUGCUGCCACUACGGGAG